UCCUUUUCAACUUCUGUUUAUUGAGGUUUUUCUUUUUUUUUUUUUCCUCUUUCAGCAUUUGCCUUUCACAGAUUCAAAAACCAGAAUUAGAAUUUGGAGAGAGAGCGAAGAGAGAGAGAGAAUGGAGGGUCUGUGCUGUAUUGUUACUGGGGGAAGGGGAUUCGCUGCUCGGCAUUUGGUUUCUAUGCUUUUAGCAUCCCCCAAGUGGUCUCUAGUUCAAAUCGCUGAUCUCCCCACUUCUAUCCAAUUUGAUGAUGGAGAAGAGGACUCAAUUCUUGGCCAAUCCCUGCGAUCUCGAAGAGCCCUGUAUGUCUCCGUGGAUCUUUGUGAUAAAGCCCAAGUCCUUCAAGCUUGUCGAGGGGCAGAUGUUGUAUUCCAUAUGGCUGCUCCGAAUUCAUCAAUCAAUAAUUACCAGCUUCACUAUUCGGUCAAUGUUCAUGGUACAAAAAAUGUGAUUGAUGCCUGCGUUGAGUGUAAAGUAAAAAGGCUGAUUUAUACCAGCUCCCCCAGUGUGGUCUUUGAUGGCAUUCAUGGGAUACAUAAUGGGGAUGAGUCAUUGCCAUAUCCAGACCAGCACAAUGACAACUAUUCAGCAACUAAAGCAGAAGGAGAGGCACUUGUUUUGAAUGCAAAUGGAAAAGAAGGGCUUCUAACUUGUUGUAUUCGCCCUAGCGGCAUUUUUGGCCCUGGUGACAGACUUCUAGUUCCCUCUUUAGUGGCAUCUGCAAGGUCAGGAAAAUCUAAGUUCCUCAUUGGUGAUGGCAAUAACAUGUAUGAUUUUACGUAUGUCGAAAAUGUGGCACAUGCACAUAUAUGUGCAGAGCAAGCCCUACAUUCUCUAUGUGGUAGUGAGGAGACAGGAGCUGGGAAGGCAUAUUUUAUCACAAACAUGGAAGCCAUAAAAUUUUGGGAGUUGUCAUUGAUUCUGGAAGGGCUGGGUUAUGAAAGACCAAAAAUUAAGGUUCCUGCAUCUGUUGUGAUGCCAAUUGCACACAUAAUGGAGUGGAUGUAUGGGAAACUAGGUCGGUAUGGAAUGAGUGUACCUCAGGUGACACCUUCACGUGUCAGGCUUCUCACCUGUAAUAGAACUUUCAAUUGUUCAAGAGCUAAUACUCUGCACGUGCCACUUGAGGUUUGCCCUUCUCUGGUCUUGCAGGAAGGUCUGAAAAGGACAUUGGAGUCCUAUCCUAAUCUGAGAGCUGAGAAUAAAGCGGAAAGAACAUCAUCAAAGGCUUCUAUAUUAGUGGGAGAAGGAUGGGCUGCUGACAUAUUGCUGUGGAAAGAUGUGAAGCAGACACUGGGGAUUUUGCUGUCUUUCUUUCUCUUUUAUUUUUACUUUUUUCCCUCUGGAUCCACCUUCAUUACUGCUGUUUCGAAACUUUUUCUGGCGAUGACUGUUUUCUUAUUCAUCCAUGGCCUGUUGCCUUCAUCAGUAUUGGGCUACAAAAUAGAGAAACUUCAGGCAUCAUCAUUUCAUAGCUCGGAAGAGGUGACACGUCAAAUUGUUGCCUCCAUGGUUUGUACGUGGAAUUCGAUGGUGGGCAUUCUCAAGUCUCUUUCCCGGGGAAAGGAUUGGCUACUUUUCUUCAAGGUUGUCAUCAUCCUCUCAAUUCUCAACCUCAUGGGAAGAGUUUCAAUGCAGAGCCUACUUGGAACAGGUUCAUCUACAGUAUGAUCUACGCGUGGAUUAUGCCUUGUGAGCAUCAAGGGAAUGAGAUGGGUUGCUCUUUUGAGUUCUUGGAUCUUCUGUCUUUUUCCUCUGCCCUUUUUAUUCCGAAGUACCAGUUAUUUAUGCAGAUUGAAGUGUUAAAAAAAUAUUAUUUUU